AUGUCUGGUCGGCAUGAAGGUGGAACAGGACCAAGCUGGGAGGAGCACCACGCGCAGCUUGAUGCUUUGAUCGCGCAGUUGCAUGCCAAAGCAUGGAUAGCAGCCGGAGGGCAAGCCAAGGAUCCUCCCACAACAAGAGGUAGACCUUCUAAAGGUGUACCUGCAGAGGCAAAGCAGCCGGGGAUGAUUCCAAGUGUGGUGCAGGGAGCCUCGGAUGACGGCUAUCGUGACGAAGGUGUCACGGGAUCAUUUUCGCAUCUGGCCACGGUCGAGGACAAUCAGGGAAUUCCACAGCCGCACCCGCCUCGCCUGCAGUCCGAAACGCCAAGCAAGACGAACCCGCCAGCGAACCUCGAGCACGACCACCUCAAUAGGAGGCACACCUCCCCGGAUGUGAUGCCACUGCUGUUGGGAGGCCGCCGCCCCCUCGGAGGGAUCCUCUGCAGCCCAACUCCUUCGGAAGCUGCGGCCAAUGGCGCAUGCGACGGAGUCCCUGCAGAAGGCUUCGAGAAAGAGGUUAUGCUCACCGCGGAGAAAAUCUCCCGGACUCUGGACUCUCUGCAGGCAUGCUGGUCCUCUUGGCUAUGCGAAGAUGCAGUAGAAGGAUCGCAGAAGUGCCCACCCGCCUCUGCAACGCGGUUGGUCGACUCGGCAUCCCCGGUUUCAAGCCGAUCGCUGCUCCAGACUCCUUACGAGCCUCGCGAUCGAGCGAGCGGCUCUCCCUCCAAGUGCCUGGACCUCGAGAAGUCGCAGCUUUUCGAGACCCCUCGAGAACAGAACUUGGAGCUUGAGCUGCGGCAACAAGCCGCGCGACGACAUGUUCUGAAGGUUCUGCGCGCCGGCAACUCAAAGCACCAACGGAACCGCGCGCCCUGUGGCUUCCAUGGCGCUGAGGAUUGGAAGGGGAGGGCGACACAGAAUCGCAGUGGUCUUCAAAGCUCCAUGCAGAGAAGCCGUGCAUGCCCCGCAUGCAGCAAGGCGAUCUGUGGGAAUUGCGCUCCCUUGUUUUCGACCGAGUCAGACGGCUCUUGUGCGCCUGGUCCUGAAAAGAUGGGGAGCCAUGGUGCGACAAGGAGACGCCACAGACAUGUGCAAAUCUUCCAAGAGACCAGCCUGUUGCAUCUCAAGGGUCCUUGGCCGGACUACAGCGAGAUCCACCCGACGAGGUGGCAGAGAAGUCUUGCAUGCCUGGCGGUCCCAGGCGCUCAAUGCCUCGCGGAAGCCCUGGUGCCAAAGUGCCACGGAAAGCCAAAGGAUCCUCCCAGUCUCCGAGUCCGAGGAGACGCGCUGGCAACUCAUGUUGGCCACAACUUUUCGGAUGUGGGCAGGAGCUUUUCCAUCACAAACAUCCCAGAGCAUGGACAGUCCUCAAAAGAUCGGAGCAUGAGUUCCAAGUGGAUAUGGCUGCUGGUGGCAGUUGCAAGGUCUGCAGCUGGCUGCCCUGAGGGCUUCAGGUCUUUCAAUGAAAAAUGUUACAUCUUCACGGAGGAGAAGGGGAGCAUGACGCAGUGCCAGGACCGGAUAUGCAGCGGUUUGGGUGCGACCUUGGCAGUGAUCCAUGACAUCGACACACAGUUUUUCCUGGUGAAUCUCACACAGGAGUUUCAGGGACCGGCUUAUGUAGGUCUUUUCGAGAGGGGCGUCAACGAAAGCGGUGAUUGGACCUGGGUCGACGGCAGCAACUUUAGCUUCGAGCCGGAUGCUAACGGGAGUCAGUACCCCCUAGCCGGAUGGGCCCUCUCCGAGCCUGACAACUGGUGCUUGGACGAGGAUUGUGCUGCCUUGGGUGUUGAGUUCCUACCGAACUACUCGGCGAGGGGCAUCCCAUGGCUGUCUUCCCUCUUUGCGCCGCUGAAGUCCAAGGGUCUCAUCGACAUCUCCUGCAACACACAGCUCCAUUGCCUGUGCCAGGAGGGCCAGGAGGUCUCCGAGGACUUCCUAAACUGGGAGUUCAACAACUCGGCCUUGGACAAUGAGAACAGCCUCCAUGUGAACGCCACGUAUCUCCAGAACUACAUGACCUGCUUCUUCAAGCGGACUCGCUGCUGGUGGUACAACAAUCAGACCUUCCAGGGAUCCUUCCUGGGCCUGGGCUUCCUCUGCCUCGGCUGCCUCAUCUACAGCAUGACGGGCUGUCAAGAAGGCGAGGGACCUAAGCCGGCCGUGACGCUCGGCGAAACCUCGGCUUCCUCGAACUACGGUCAGCUUCUGGAGGCCUGUGACCGCCAGAACGAGGUGGACAGCAUGGUGGACAGGUGGAUUGUGAAAGGUUCCUGGGCAUCCAUGCUCUACGGGAUCCUCCUGGUGGGCCUGUCGGUGUCCACCGUCUGCCACGUGAACUUCGGCAUCGGCUUCGGCUUUGGUGUCGACGGGCUUCUGGCCCUUGCCAUGUGCGGAGCACAAGUGAUCAUCAGUGCUUCUGCCUGUAUGGUACAGAAGCAUUUGUCGACGCCUUCCAGGAUGGUCGUGGCAUGGUGGGUGCUUGCUUUUGCCCUCGCGAAAGUCGGCAUGGCCAUCGGAGACCUCAUCCUGGCGGUGAUGUACGUGACAGAGACCUUGGGUGGCUUCGUGCGCGAGAAUGCCAGCUUUUGCAGUGCUGGCUACCUUUUCUGCUGGAUGCUUAUGGUGUCCAUGGUCUGCCAGAGCGUGGCAGGCAUGGCGAUAGCGCGGAUCCACACUCGAGCAGCCCAGCACAUGGGUGGGAUUUCAAGCCUCACAAAGAUCAUCGGUUGCUCGGGCUUGCUCUUCAUCGUUGCCACCUUUGGGGCUGGUCUGGGGCUUGGCGUGUGCUGUGGGCUCUUUAUCUUCGAUGACUCCUCCGAUGCAGUGGAUCCGAUGUUCGGCAUCGCCUUUUCCUAUUUCGCCGCGGCUCUCUUUCACUUCCUGGCCGGUGCCGGCAGCCUGCGUGCGAACACGCAGGUGAGGACACACUAUCAACGGGGUGCACGGACCAUCACCGAGAUGCAGAACUUCUAG